CUGCAGGGACUUGGCUUUGACCCAUGUCUCUUUGAGGCCAGAGGAUAGAUAUGUAGCUUGUCUGAGGCCCACUGACUUUCUGUGAUAACUGUUAUCUCCUUGGCAGCCAGAGGUGUGCGGUUAGCCCAGGAGAUCUAGGCAGGGUGGAUUGCAUGGGGUGGCCCCAAUUAGGACUUAGCUAUCUGGAUAUGAAUCUUUGUGCAUCCAGGCCAGGGAUUCUAGGCAGGGGUCACCAAUAGUGGCCAGAAAGACUGACUCCAGUUUGAUGGGUCUUCUAGUCCACCCAAGAUUUGGCAGCUAUGUGUCAUGUACUAUGCCCACAGAUCUAUCGCCCUCCCAUUUUCACUCCCUUCCUCCCAGCAGUGCCAGAGUUCUUUUAUUCUGGAAUCUCACUAAUCCUGCAAGGAGAGGAGUCUUGCUGAACCCACUCCCAAAGACCCUUAGAUGCAGGUCCUCAGUGCCAGGUCUUCUGGUCCCCUACAGGUCUCCAAGCCACUGUUCACCCCUCCUGGACUCAUCCUUUCUCCUCUGCUCUGGUACACACUCUGGCCUCACCCCCAUCUUACCUUCCCUUAGAAUGGCAUCAUGAGGGUGCCAUUCUCAGUCUACACAGCUGUGAAAUGCAGACAAACCUGCACUCUGAUAGCUCUUGGGAGCCCAUGGGAUUCAGGAGCAAAGGCAACUGUCAAACAGCAAGUGGGUACUCAAGUCAUACACAACCUUUUCUGCAUCUUGGACUGAAGCUCCUGGAGCUCUCAUGACCCCUUGACCUGGGUCUGAUGUCCUAUGCCAUCUCCCCACUUCAUUGAGCUCUUUCUCACCUGUGUGCUUGGCCCCUGCUAUGCCUCACUUCCUCUACCCUUCUCAAACCCACCCCUCCCAGUACCUAGGAUUGGUCAGUGGCCCACACUCUGGUCUUAUGGGAACAGUAACCAUAAUUACCUGCUUUCCCCUCUCUUGGGCCUUACAUUGCCCUCCCCUAAACUUCUGUGGUCAUGUUGAGCCUUGUCCUGUCAGGCUAGUCCUUCUCUUGAUCCUGAACAGGCUGAGUGUAAAAGUGCCCUUGAGCUCUUUGGGGCAAGAUGGUGGUGUGAACACAUGCAUUUCAUUUGGUUCAAAAACCCACUGAAGCUACAGAGAUGAAAGUGUUUAAAAAUAUGAACCCACAAGAAUGAGGAUGGUGAAACGGGUCCACAGCAAUGGCAUUCUGGAACUGGAAGCAGAUGCAGAUGUGGGAUCUAUCUCUGAUUUAGAGAAAGCCAAAUACUGAUUUGGCACUGGGGGAAGUGGACUGAGGUCCCAACAGGCUUAUACUGCAGAACUCCAGAAGGCAUGCAAACCAGCAGCCCCCUGGGAGAGGAGACUUAAAACAAAGAUGACUUGGGGAGAGCUACCAAAGCUAUUAGAGCACCAGCUCUCCCCAUAGAGUGGAUGGUGAAGAGUCAUUUCUGGGGAAUCCAUACAGUUCCAGAGAAACGAUCUAAGUCCUCCCCCCUCCCACACGCACACACACAAAACAGCUCAGUCUGAUGACAUAUAGAAGAGUUGACAGGCCCCAGCCAUGCAGAUGCUCAGAGCUUCCAAUCAGUGUGUAAGACCACUGCUCUUCAUUGAGUGCUGGCAGCUAGGUAUUAGCAGGUAUCACAAGAAAUCAAAACAGGCGUAUGCAAUUUAGGAUUGAAUGAGCCAUGGUUCAGCUACUUGAUUUCUGGAAGCGAAGCACCCCUUCCCACAGUGUGAUUCUUGCCUACUGAGAUAAACUGAAGAUAACUGUUACUAGUUGUGGUACCCAGUGUAAAACGUUAGCAGCGUCCCAUAAGCUGGACAAAAACCUUCAUCCCUCACUUCGCAGUACUGACGUCUGAAAACAUGUCUGAGACUCUGAGGAUAUAAAUCAUGGGACAGUUUCCUCCUGUGUAAAUGAGUGCCCACCCUGGUCCUUGUUCUCGAUGUCCUCAGGGCGCUCAGCAGAGGUCGAACGAAGGACCCCAGCACCGUCCUCGCUGGAAUCCUUCCCGGGGUUGGCGGAGAAAGUCCACAGAUUAGGCCGGACUUCCGGGUCCGGACCCUGCUUCCUCCUGGGACCACCUGGAGGCGAGUCUCCGCCGAACUACACUACACAGGCCGUCACUUCCGGCCUCCCAGGAGGACCGGGCGACGCUCUGGCCGUUUCCUUGGAAACAGAGGGAGGCGGGCGGAUGUCCUCUAGCGGUUACCAAGGGGACUGCUCAGCGCCUAGAACGAAGCCUCAAGAGGAGCGCUGGGGAGGGGCCUAGGUGGGGUGCUGGCUCUGAAUGGCCGUAAGGUCACGCUCCUCCCCCCUCACCUCACUUGCCAAUAGGCGCCGGGUCCACUGUGCACAUGCGCAGGAUUCUAACAUACCGUCCAUCACGGCCGUUGGUCCCUCUUGUUGGCUACAAGAAGACACCCAGUACAACAAUGCCAUCCCCACUGGGCCCCCCACGCCUGCCCUCUGUGGACCCCAUGGCUAUCCUGGAGGAGCCUGAGGCAGCACGCCUGCGCUUCAGGGGAUUCUGCUACCAGGAGGUGGCGGGUCCCCGAGAGGCCCUGGCCCGGCUCCGGGAGCUGUGUCGCCAGUGGCUGCGGCCCGAGGCGCACUCCAAGGAGCAGAUGCUGGAGCUGCUGGUGCUGGAGCAGUUCCUGGGCACGCUGCCUCCGGAGAUCCAGGCCUGGGUGCGGGGCCAGCGGCCAGGCAGCCCUGAGGAGGCUGUAGCCCUGGUCGAGGGCCUGCAGCAUGACCCUGGGCAGCUGCUGGGCUGGAUCACAGCCCAUAUCCUGAAGCAAGUGGUGCUCCCGGCAGCACAGAAGACAGAGGAGUCCUUGGGGAGCUCCCACCCUUCAGGGACAGUGGAGCUCCUCAGGGCGACCUCUGGGGAGGCCUCACAGGACACCCACAUGGAGAAGUCUGCCCAGCUUAGCUGCAGUGUGAAGGAGGAGCCAGAUGCUGAUGGGCAGGAGAUGGCACCUUCCAACCCCCCAAAUCCAGCCCAGUCCCGCGAGGGGCACCCUGGACACCGGGAACCAGCCUCCACAUCCUUCCACCCACCCAGGAUUCAGGAGGAAUGGGGGCUACUGGACCCGUCACAGAAGGAACUGUACUGGGACGCAAUGCUGGAGAAGUAUGGCACGGUGGUCUCCCUGGCAGGGAUACCAGCCCCCCCGCCGGAGGCAGGGGCUGAGUCGGGGCCAGGGGCCAUGCGUACAGGGAUAGAGGGUCGAAGAAGCCUCCACCCAGGAGAUGAGAGUGAGAGCCACUGCGAGGGUCCGCCCCACUGCCCAGAGGCCCAGCCACCCCGGGGCCCGGGGUCUGUCACCUGGGAGGGCCCGUCUGGGGCCUCUGUGUCUGCCAGGGCAAUGCUGGGAGCAGAGCUGGAGCCUGGUGCCCCGCGGAGGAAGCCUUACACCUGUGAGCUGUGUGGCCGAGGCUUUGACUGGAAAUCAGUCUUUGUCAUCCACCACCGGAUGCACGCAGAUGGGCAGGGUACACGGGCCCCGGUACUGGCCAUCGGGGGUGCUCAGAAGCUGCCACAGGGUUCCCGGGAGCCAGGCACACCCCGGCACCCCCGGCGCGUGCUCCCAGGGCCCCGGAGCUAUGCAUGUGAGGAGUGCGGGCGCAGCUUCAGCUGGAAGUCGCAGCUGGUCAUCCACCGCAAGAGCCACGCGGGUCAGCGGCGCCACUUCUGUGGAGACUGCGGCCGUGGCUUCGACUGGAAGUCCCAGCUGGUCAUCCACAGGAAGAGCCACCGGCCCGAAGCCCCAUGAGUGGCUCGAGAAGGCGGCCUUAUCUUGGGGGCCUUGGAGCCUCCAGGGCCUGGACACAGUUCCCGGGGCUCUGGUUCCAGCCUUCCCGGGGCUGCUCAGCCUCUGUCUGUGAAUCAGAGUUCCCAGGAGGGUCCCCUGCCCCAUUUCAGUCUCCCCAAAACAGCCACCUGGGUGUAAGUAAAAGAAGCUGCCUGGUGGGGCCUGGCUUGGAACCCACUGCCUUAGCCUGGUGACUUCCAAGCUCUGAGAUCCCCAGCUGUGACCUGAUGCAGGCUGACAGUCUAAGGACUCUCCCUACUCCUGGGACCUUAGUGGCCCCAGGUGGAUGCUCAGAAACUGCCCCUUUCCACCCUUCCUGAAGCUUCUGGGCCUGAUGUCUUGGUGUGGAAGGUGCUGAAAGCUCAGGAGAGCAUGCUUUGCUUCUGUUUGCAGGCAGAUGGAAAACUAAUGACCCUUCACAUUUGAGAUUUUUUAAAAAUCCCACUUUUAUAAUGGGAAGUUUCUGCAUAAGAAUUCUGAUCUCUGCUUUCUGCUGGUCAGAAUAUCAGAAGUGCCACUCCUGCCUGGCGGCUGGACCCACAAGAAGGGCCAGCAGUCCUGGCCACCUGGCCUCCUUUGUUCCUCGGCCACCAUGUCUUUCCUUGGUCUCUUUGGCCUUUGAGCUCUUGAGUCCCAGCUUGAGUGGACACUAAGGGGACUUCUUUGCAAGUAUGGAUGAACAAGGAGGGUGGCCUCUGAGGAAGGGCCCACAAACGGAUGUCACUGGGGCCAUGUGAUUUAAAAGUAGUCUGUGAUCACUUAGACAAAUUUGAAAUAUACAAGAGAGCAAAGGUAAGGGAAAUGACCCCGAGUUCCACUGUCUCAUGCCAGUGACUAUUCCAGGAGUCACACGUAGGGGCAUUUUAUAAAUCAUCUUGUGGAGUUACUGUAUAUAUCAUGCUCUUCUCACCCAUUUCCCUGUUACUAAAAAUGUAUUUUAAUGCCUGGGUAAAAAUUCCAUUUUCUGUCCAGCAGCAGCAUUUCCUACCAAGCCCAGAUAGUUCAUUGUUCACCCCCGUGGUACCCAGUGCAUCACCAGUGAUGCACACUCCCAGGCAUACACUUGGGGUGGGACUCUGCCUAUUUCCCUUAGACUCAGUCUCCCAAAGUAGGAUUAUUGCAUCUAGAGAGCAUGGGACUUUUGUUUUCUUUUUGCCUUAAAACAACACUGGAUUCCUUGAGCCAAUUCCAAGUCUCCCCCUCCCCCCACAACACCAAGCAGUUCUCCAACAGAAAAUAUUUUUUAGGGACGCCUGGGUGGCUC